AAAGCAAAGGAAAAGACACCCAAUUAACCAACCACCUUAAAUUUCCUUCAAUCAACAAAGCAUCAUAUUCUCUUUUCCUCAGUGUCUGUCUCCAAUUCAAUUUCAACUUUAACAAGUAUGGAGAAUAUUGGUGAAGAGUACAAACAUUACUGGGAGACCAACAUGUUCCUCCAAACCCAAGAACUUGAUAGCUGGGGAUUGGAUGAAUCAUUUUCAGGAUACUAUGAUUCAAGCUCCCCAGAUGGUGCUACUUCAUCUAAGAAUAUUGUUUCAGAAAGGAAUAGAAGGAAGAAACUCAAUGAAAGACUCUUUGCACUUAGAGCAGUGGUUCCCAAUAUUAGCAAGAUGGAUAAGGCUUCAAUAAUUAAGGAUGCAAUUGAGUACAUACAACACUUGCAAGAACAAGAGAAGAUUCUUGAGGCUGAGAUAAUGGAACUUGAAUCUGGGAUGCCAAAUAAUAUUAAUCCAAAUUAUGAUUUUGAUCAGGAGCUUCCUGUGUUGCUGAGGUCCAAGAAGAAGAGAACAGAUCAAUUUUAUGAUUCUGUCAAUUCAACAAACUCCCCAAUUGAACUUCUUGAGCUUAGGGUAACAUACAUGGGAGAAAAUACAAUUGUUGUAAGUUUGACAUGUAGCAAAAGGACAGACACAAUAGUUAAAUUAUGUGAACUGUUCGAAUCUUUGAACCUCAAAAUCAUCACUGCCAACGUCACUUGUUUUUCAGGCAGACUUUUGAAAACAGUCUUCAUUCAGGCAAAUGAAGAAGAUAAAGAUCUAUUGCAGAUAAAUAUCCAAACAGCCAUUGCAGCUCUAAAUGAUCCUCUAAGUCCUAUGAGCAUCUAAUGAAGUAUUUAUCAUUUUUAAGUCACUAGGGUUGAAGAAUCUUGGCUUUCAACUUUUUAUUAGAAUUUCUAGUCAUUGUGUUAUUUGCUACCUAAUUUCUUGCCCCAUUUCUAUUUCCUACUCAAAUUUCAAUUAUUAAAGAGCUUUGUUAUCUUGAAAAGUGUAUCUUUAAUUGAAUAUCAUAUAAAAUGUUAUUGUAAAUGUAGAGUGAAGAGGUGUGUUAUUGUAAAUGUGGAGUGGAAAGGGUCAGGGUGUAGUUGGAACAUGAUACACCUGAAUCAAACAAUUGCAAUAGAAACUUAUUUGAAAACCUUUAA